AUGAAGGACCAAUGGACACCCAAACAGAUAUCCCAGCCGAGAUGCUGUCUCCCUGUUUGUGGGCUGGCGAACCUUGCUUGUCUGGCCGUGCUCUCAUGUUGUGGCGGCCUCGAUCGAUGGAUGCUGCUAGUGUUGGUGUUGCAGUUGGUGGGAAGACCACGCCGGCUUUUGCGCCACCCGCAAUCUUCUCAUAGCACAGUCGUACCUUGCAUCUUAGGGCGUGCUGUUGUGCCUCCCAAGAGACCAUACGAUUGCUACGCCUCCACCAUUUGGCUCUCAUCCCUUCCGCCCAACACCCAAGGGUUCAAUGAGGGGUCUCGCAUGGAGUGGGAGGCCUGGCACCGACCUGCGUGUGCCUGCGUCCGUAACACAACACACAACCCAAGGACGCCUGGACAGUCUCCUUACCUCGCCCCUUCUCGGAGCAUUGAGGGCUCGGCCGCGGCAGGCUGGGAUCAACGAUGCAGCUACUUGGCCGCGGCUGGUGGCCUCGUCCUCAUCUCUGGGCAAGUCUCAGGCCCAUGUGGCUCAGCAGACACUGGCUUCGAACUGGGGAGGGGAAGGGGAAGGAGAAGGAGAAGGGGAAGGGGGUGUGGUGAUAUGGAAUGGACCCGCCCCUGGUCCGUAGUCCGUGAAGGUGCGGCACCGACAGGCCUCAAAACGGGCACACCGGGCCACCCACUCAGCUCCGCCAAGUACCACACAACACGCACCCCCCGCUUUGUCGCCGCCGUUCCCACUGCUGGCGCAUGUCCCCGGUACCUUCAGUCGGGAUCUUCUGUCGACUCUUCUUCCGUCACCCUCGUUCGGAUUAAUCACACUUUUGCCGUAUACAGGACCAGGGUCUCUGAAGGAUGA